GGCGAGCGCGGCGGGCGCCGGGGCGGCGGCGGCGGCGGGCGCGGGCGGCGGGCGGGGGAAGAUGGCGGAGCUGGGGAAGAAGUACUGCGUGUACUGCCUGGCCGAGGUGAGCCCGCUGCGCUUCCGCUGCACCGAGUGCCAGGACAUCGAGCUGUGCCCCGAGUGCUUCUCGGCGGGCGCCGAGAUCGGCCACCACCGGCGCUACCACGGCUACCAGCUGGUGGACGGCGGCCGCUUCACGCUCUGGGGGCCCGAGGCCGAGGGCGGCUGGACCAGCCGCGAGGAGCAGCUGCUGCUGGACGCCAUCGAGCAGUUCGGCUUCGGCAACUGGGAAGAUAUGGCAGCUCACGUGGGUGCCUCCCGGACCCCGCAGGAAGUGAUGGAGCACUAUGUAAGCAUGUACAUCCACGGCAACCUGGGGAAGGCCUGCAUCCCCGACACCAUCCCCAACCGGGUGACCGACCACACGUGCCCCAGUGGGGGCCCCCUCUCGCCCAGCCUCACCACCCCCUUGCCUCCCCUAGACAUCUCGGUGGCCGAGCAGCAGCAGCUCGGGUACAUGCCGCUGCGGGAUGACUACGAGAUCGAGUACGACCAGGACGCCGAGGCGCUCAUCAGCGGGCUCUCGGUCAACUAUGACGACGACGAUGUGGAGAUCGAGCUCAAGCGCGCCCACGUAGACAUGUAUGUGCGGAAGCUGCGGGAACGGCAGCGGCGCAAGAACAUCGCCCGUGACUACAACUUGGUGCCCGCCUUCCUGGGCAAGGACAAGAAGGAGAAGGAAAAGGUGCCCAAGCGCAAGAUCACCAAGGAGGAGAAGGAGCUGCGGCUCAAGCUGCGACCACUCUACCAGUUCAUGUCGUGCAAGGAGUUCGAUGACCUGUUUGAGAACAUGCACAAAGAGAAGAUGCUGCGGGCGAAGAUUCGAGAACUGCAGAGGUAUCGGCGCAAUGGCAUCACCAAGAUGGAGGAGUCGGCCGAGUACGAGGCGGCCAGGCACAAGCGGGAGAAGAGGAAGGAGAACAAGAACAGCGCCGGCUCCAAACGUGGGAAGGAGGACGGCAAGGACAGCGAGUUCGCGGCCAUCGAGAACCUUCCAGGCUUUGAGCUCUUGUCGGACCGCGAGAAGGUGCUGUGCAGCUCCCUGAACCUGAGCCCUGCCCGCUACGUGACGGUGAAGACCAUCAUCAUCAAAGACCACCUCCAGAAGCGGCAGGGCAUCCCCUCCAAGAGCCGCCUCCCCAGCUACCUGGACAGGGUCCUCAAGAAAAGGGUGUUGACCUUCCUCACGGAGAGCGGCUGGAUAUCCAGGGACGCCUCCUAGGCCGGGUGCACGCCAGGAGCGGGGGGCUCUCUGACAGAUGGAUUCCUGCAGGGCCUCUGCCAGCGAGGGGCGUCCCGCUGCUGGGCGGCAGGGAUCUGUGUCCACUCGAUCCUGAAGCCGCUUCCAGGGACUUGCCCUUCGAGCAUGGGGGGGGCUCCCAAUGGACUGGCCCCCCCUUCGUUAGGGAGCACUCUUGUUCUGUACAGACUGCUGGGCUGCCAGCCCACGUUCCCUGUGACACGGCCCCCCGGGGGCCCCCUCCCCCGCACGUGGCACUUUAGAUGGGGUGGGGCAGGUCCCAGCAGGCUCCCCGAGCCUCCCGAGGGCCCCGGCACAUGUGCAAGCUCCCUGGCUCCUGGACGGGCGCUCUGGGGAUGCACGCUAGGAGUGGGGUGGGGUGGACUGCCAGAAUCUGAGCCAGCUUUCUUGGGGGUGGGGGUGCUUCCUGCUGCUUCCGUCUUCGUCCAGGCGGGUUCGAGCUCAGGCGCCGCCUGCUUCUGGGCCUCUUCCCAGUUGCAAGUACCUUAAGUACCUUUCUCAGCGAAAUGCUGACGGCUGCCCAGCGAGUGGCGGCUGUGCUGGGCCAGCCAGCAGCAGCUCUGGCCAAGGGCGAGUCUGUGCCCAGUCCUAUGCCAGAGAUUUUCAGGGGCCUGCUCCCAAGGACGCACACGGUACCUUCCUUCUGGAACUCGAGGAAGCCCUUUGUCUUCCGGCUGCUCAGGGGUCUCCUGUCCAAGGCCCUGCUUUAGAGUGGGAGUGACCAGACACCCCAGGGGUCCCUUCUGCCCCCUCACCCAGACUGUUUACCUCCCAGAAUGUUUGGGCUUGAAGUUACAUUAAAGUUAUUUGAAAGAAAGAGA